AUAUAUUAUUAUUAACCUUGCCUUAUUUGUCUUUUUAGUUUCUUUUUUUAAGUCGAUACAAACUUGUCUUUUGCAUUCGUGAUGGCUGAUGCGAGAAACAGAUUGAUCUUUACAGCUAAGCUUUCUUCUCUCUCUGUCUUUGCUGCCGUUGUUGACCAUGUCACACCCUUUGAAUGUAAUUUAUUUGAUUUAUCUAGGUACAAAACGUUGAAAUAUACUUAAAAAAAAAAAAAAAAAAAAAAACUACCAACUUCCUCAAUCCGGGGUUGUUUCUUUCGUUGCUGAUCAAAUAAUAUGACGACGGUUCUUUGAAGAUUCUUGACAAACAGAUGGUGGGCAAAACUUCUUAGUCAAAGUGGUAGUUGUAUUUAGUGGGAAAAGUGAUCUUUUAAUCAAAUGGGUUUUUGAUUGACUUGCAAAAUAUCAUUUACCCAGUUCCUAAAAUCGUGGGUCUACGUUGUUUCUGUUGGGUUUUGAAGUUUUCCGGAGAAGUUUUUGCAAAGAUGAAAGGAAAACUUGGGACGCCAGGGAAUCACUUUGUGUUGAACACAGGAGCGAGAAUCCCGGCCAUUGGGCUUGGGACAUGGCAGAGCGGCGGAGACCUCUGUGUUGAAGCCGUGAAAACGGCAUUGUCAGUGGGAUAUCGUCACAUAGACUGUGCACAUCUUUAUGGGAACGAGGUUGAAGUUGGGGAAGCUUUGUCCCAAGCAUUCAAUGGAGGAUCACUCAAAAGGGAAGAUGUUUUCUUGACUUCUAAGUUGUAUUGUACAAUGAACUCAUUGAAUAAGAUUGAGAAUUAUGUUAGAGUGUCUCUCAAGAACCUUGGGGUUUCGUAUUUGGAUCUGUAUUUGAUGCACUGGCCGGAGAGUUCGGCGUUCGGCGAUGCCACAGAUCCUCCAAUCAAGUCUGGAAGCGAGUAUAGGCAGUUCUUGAAUCGGUUGAAGAAGGCAUGGAAAGCCAUGGAAGGUCUGGUUGAGCUUGGUCUUGUAAGGGCUAUUGGAGUCAGCAAUUUCAGUGUUCAGCAGAUCAAGGAGUUGCUUAAGUUUGCCAAGGUUGUGCCUGCAGUUAAUCAGGUGGAGUUGCAUCCUUUCUGGAGGCAAGAUGAACUUGUAAAGUUCUGCCAGCUAAAGGGUAUACAUGUAUCGGCUCACACACCGUUGGGAGUACCUGCUUCAGCUCCUGGACCAUCUGAUAGCAGUUCUGGUGGGGAGGACGAACCUGGAACUCCCCGUAUAUCAUUCCGAAGGUCAAGAUCUGUUCAUGGGCCAAUGCUGAAAUUGUCAGUUGUUGCAAAGAUUGCAGACAGACACAAGAAAACACCAGAGCAGGUUGUUUUACGCUGGGGGCUUCGGAGAGGAACCAGUGUCCUACCUUGCAGUCUUAAGGCUGAUAGGAUAAGGAAAAACGUAGACAUUUUCAGUUGGUCUCUAUCAGAUGACGAGUGGAAUCGCUUGAACCAGAUUGAACCACAGGUAUGCUUGUUCGGAAAUAGCCCUCUGAAUAAAUUUUCAGACAGUGGCUUUGUCUUUGGAAGCGGUCCACUUCAAGCAGUGCGUGAGAUCGACGAUGACUUGGAGCCUAAUGUCUAGUUUUUUCUCAAGAUUUUCUUUGGUUAAUGUGUAAUUUUCAUUCAAUGAUGUGAUCAUCUUGUAAUAUUUUGGGUGCCAAUUAUUUGUGAUUUGAAUCUGUUGAUACUUGAUAGAAAGUCAAUACAGACGUGAUAACACUUUUCCAAUGUAA